AUGGAAGUAGCCGCAGAUGGAGUCUCGAGUCCGGCUGCUCUUCCCCCGACGGCAGACACGAGGGAAGUGUCUCUCUCCUCCUCUUCGCUUCCGCCGCGCCCGUGGCUCGCUUCUUCGCAUGCGGCGGCAGCUCCUUCGUCUGCAGCGUCUUCCGCGGCCUCCUCUUCACUCUUUCUCUCCGUGACGCGCAUCGCCGCCCCCCCCAGGCAGAGACUGGCUGCGGCUGCGUCGUCUACGGCUUCGCUCUCUCCGUCUGCAUCGUCUCCCUCGUCUGCCGCUUCCUCCGCCUUUCCUGUGCCCUUUCCGCGCGCGCGGGAGAAGAAAGCGCCUCUCGCUUCGCCUUUGAGUUCGCAGUCUGCUUCGGGUUCGUCGCUCCUGGCUGGCGGCAGCAUGCCUUCGCCGUCCCUCGGGGUGGGACGUGCGCUGCAGGGGGAGACGACGGAGGCAGAGCGAAAUGAGCAGACGAAGGAAAGCCGCCGAGAGUCGGGCGCGAGGGAAGAGCUCCUCGCGGGAGGGCAUGCGAGAGAGGAAGCGAGUCAGGUGGCUGCGACUGAGAUGGCGACGGACAAGCGAAACGCAGGUCACCAAAGGCGCCAUGCCGCGUCGUCUGCUUUAGUCCAGCAGCGAGUGUUCGCAGCGUAUUUGAUGAGUCAGCAUGCGUCGCCUCCGUCGCACUCUGCGUCCUACGCGCUACCGCACGCCGCCCCGGGGGGGGGAUCCUCGGCGGCCUCCUCCUCGAUGCUGCCGCCUGCUCGCCACCCGCCGCUGUUUUCUUUGUUCUCGCCUCUUUCCUUUUCGCAGCCUGCAAGUUUGAGUAAACUGUCUGCCAAGCCUCCUUCGUCGCGUCUCCCCCCUCUGCCUGCUCUGUCGGCUUCUCUCUCUUCGUCCCUCUCACAGGCGCCUCCCAGCGGUUCGCUCGCUGCGUCUCCCGGCAGCAAGGAGUCGCACGCCCUCCCUGCUGCCGUUUCCUCCGCUGGGACUUCAUUCGCUUCGUCUUCUCUGGGUCGCGCCGCAUUCCUGCCGUCAUCUUCGCUCGUCUUCUCGGAGACCUCAAGGAACGCCUCGGGCGCGCUGCUGGCGCGCGCCGGUCGCCACGGGGAGACUGCGCGUGCGUCUUUCGCCGUUAAGGUCACGCGCAUUGAAGAGCAAGUCGUCUUUCGUGCGCAGAGGAAGCGCGAUGAACGGCCGCACCCAGAGGAGGAGGAGGAAGUCCGGCUGCGAGCGGCGAAGCGAUUCAGGCGAGAGGAGGCCGGAGAGACUGGGGAGAGGGACGAGAGGGGCGCGGGCGAGUCCGGAGCCGCGGCGAAGUCGGGAGAGAAGGAUGUUACUUCUAACGAGAAGGAACCGGCUGGGCGCGCGUCCGUUUCUCCGUGGGGGGACGGAGGCGCGCGAGAGAAAGAAAACCGGGGUCUGACUCCCGUCGAGUUGAGGGCGUAUGGUGCGUCCUCAGCAGCACCCCGCGCAGCGGACAUUUCGCGGGAGACAACGUCUCCGUGCAAGGCGACUGAGAGCGUGCGGCGCGGGAAGCUCUCGGCUGAGACAGGGGGAGGCGCGUGUGCGUUUCCCUCGCUGCUGUCGAGGAUGCGCGGACUCCCUGACCCGUAUCCGUCUCUCACGUUCUCUGCCGGGAUGUCCGCGCGCGAGAUCACGCGGCGUCAGCAAAAAGCUCUCGGCGCCUUCCUCCGCAGCCUGGAGAGGACGCCUGAGGACAGCGUGCGAGGCCGCCUCGGGGCCCCCCUGCAGCGGCUUUCGGCGGCUUUCUCGGGCAAGAGAGACCCCAGCAGCCCUGUGGCGCGCACCUCCGACGCAAGCACAACUUGCUCUUCGUCCUACUCGCUCCCUGCGAACGCGGCUGCGACCUGUCCGCGCGCGGCGUCCCCCGCGCUGGGCGCGCAUGUGCGCAUCCUUGACUCAGACGACAUCACGUUUCUCGCCGAGAAGAAGCGCGACGCGCUGCUGACGCCCAAGACUGUCCUGGCGCCCGCGCUCGCCGCGCGAAGAGCGAAAAUUAUCGACAUCCUCAUGAACUGCGCAGCCGAGCUGCAGACCUCGGGCCUGGUGCUCACGCCAGACGACCUGCCGCGCUCCGCCAUUCAGCUCGCCGUAUCCCUCCUCGACAGGUCGAACAUUGUCUCCAUCUUCGAGGAAGAGAAGCAAAGCGACGCGUCCUGCCGCGUGCAGGCCUGCAGAGCCGAGCAAGCUCUGUUCGCGGGGCGGCGUGAGCCAGAAGGAACCCAGCGCACGCAGGACGCGAGAGAAAACGGAGGGCGAUGCCCCGACGGCGACGCCCUGGAGGCGGGGGACGUCGUCUCCCCAACCCGCGACGAGAACGGGCUGAGAGCGCCGACCGAGGACCCAGAGUCUGCGAAGACUCUGCAGACGCCGCCGCACGCGGACACGAGUCUCGAUUUCCUCCUCUUGUCGCCGCGCGCCGCCGCUCCGCCGCCUGAGUUUCCGCGGCCGCGCGUCUCGGGCAACGACCCGGAGGCGCUCAAGACGAUUGCCGCGCUCUGUCUGUGCACAGCGCUGCAGUUCGAGACGCCGAAUUCGAUGGCUUUCGAGCGAAAAGCCAAGCGCCUUUUGACCCUGUCCCAUCUCUGCAGCUACACCUUCAACCUGCCCUUCCCCGUCAUUCAGAGAGCCUUUCUCGACCGCGUCGCGUGCGUCGUCUCCGUGCCCGUGCCCAUCGACUUUGCCAACUACUUCCUCUACAAGUUCGACUCGGCUUAUAUGCGGAAGAAGGCCAACUCGUCGUCGGUGCAGCUGGUGGCCUUCCUGCUGGACUGUUUCUCGCUGACGCCACAGGCGGUGUGCACACCGAGCGCGCUGGCUGGCGCGGCAGCUGUUUUGCUCGCGAAGCGAAUUUGCGAAAACAAAAAGCGGAAGAAGGAAAAGAAAACCGAGAGGGAGGAGCCCAUGUGGACGACGGAGAUGAAAAACAUCACUGGCUUCGACUCGCUCCAGGUGAAGAAAGUUCUCAAAACCAUGAACGCCUUCCUCAUGACGAAGCGUGGCCGAUUCCCGGGCCUUCACAAGCUUCACACAAAAGGCUGGGCAGCAGUCGAGUGGGAACAUCCUGGGAAAAUCAAAGCGAGACUCGAAAAAGAAGAGCGGAGACCCAAAAGAAACGAGGCCGUGCGCCAUUGA